AAAAGUGGAUUUAUAUCACCUGGUUGAACAUAUCUACCAUUUGGAUUCCUGCUGGGGUACAAGUUUGUCAGAAAAUUUAAAUAUUUGGAAGGUAAUGUUGAUGCCAUCUGUGAUAGAAAAAGUAAAGGAAACUUACCAGACUCUUUGUAAAAUUACUGGAAAAUCUUUAACCCUUGAUCAGUUUAAUCCUGAAUUAUUUUCUGUUGUUGAGAAAAGCAAUGAAAUGUGUGGCAAAAGUUGUGUUCCUCAGUUGAUGGGUUGGAAGAAUGUCCUCAGCUCAGUGGUCAGCAAUGCUGAAGUAAUCUCACUGGCAAACUCAAAAACUCACCCUUUACUUUCAAUGAUGCCAACAAACUCUUUGCUUAUGUCACAGAAAGAGAUGGAACUGAUUCUAAAAUCCAAACAGAAACAAGAAGACAAAGAUGAAACUUUCCAGAAAUUAUGUAAAGAAGCUAUUAUCAGAAACUGUUGUAGAUCCAAUUCUUCUGACAAUCAAAUAUCUCCAAGUUCUUUACAUCUAGCUUUUAAGAUGGAAUCUAAUCUGCCCAGCGAAGAUGAAUUAUUCAAAGAGAGUAACCAAGUCUGGAAACAGUUCUUGCAGAGUAAAGCAACUCCUUCAGAUGAAGAAGAAGUAUAUCACCAAACGGCCUCCCACAAAUGCAACCAUUCUACUGCCAAAUCAACUUAUACAAAUGCAGAUUCUUCAACCCAGAAAAGUCGCAUUCAGUUAUGUUUUGCUGCCGAUUAUGCUUCACUUCCCAAGGAAGAACAAUUUGCUGUGUUUUUACCCAUGAGCAGUUCCAUUAUUGAUAUUAUCACUCAACUAAAUAGAUUUCUUCAUCUUGGAAAAUACUGGCAUCAAAGACUCUGUACUUCUCUCUCAUCAUGUAGCAAGUCUUGGAUGAACUCUGGAACCAUGGAUUUAUACAAUACUUUUCUGGAAUUUGGCAUACUUUUGAUUGUUAAUUAUGCUCGGAGUCUCUUAAAAAUAGAUGCAAUCAAUUUUUUGAAAGAAAAUCCAAAAGUUGGAAUGAAAAUUCCUAGUGACACAAUUUUGAGAGAUUCUGACCAACUUUUCAAGAAUUUUCAAAUGAAAAAUUCACUUCUAUACCAACAGUUCUCAUCAUUCUAUUUUACAAAAAAAGUUGAAACCAGAGAGAAAAUCCUCACAGAAAUACAACACUUGAUUGAAAUGGUAGUAAAGGAUCGUUAUUCUAAACAGUUAUGUGUCCGGUUAAACAAUCUGUCAAUGCUGGUGAAGUUGAUGUCAGUAUAUUGUGAAUCACUUACGCGUAUCUUCCAUGUGAAGAAAAUAAAAAUCUCUUUAGAUUCUGAAAACCCAGAAAACUAUUGUUGUAAACUACCCCAUGUUGUUAACUGGUUGUGUCACUGUCAGGAAGAACUCUCCAAGAUUUGGGCUACUCAGUGCAAAAUACUUGCUUCCAUGGUUUCUCAGUUCCUCAGCAAAUCUGUCAAAAUGGUAUUGUCUUCAUGCGUAGAGAAGAGUGUUCUUGGAAGGAAGCUGGGUCCCCUGACAGCAUACAUUAACUGCUUACUGCAACAACUGCGUCAGUGGUUGUAUCCUUGCAGUUACAACCACGUCAUUUCUUCCAUUAUUAUUUCCUUAUUACAGACAUUAUCAACUUAUAUUAAACAAAUUCCAGAAAUACAUCAAAGAGAAAAGAUAAUAAACACCAUAUUGCAGUUAACGAAGUUGUUGCAGGAAAUGGUUUAUUCUUUGACAGACCAUCAGAUUCAAGAGAGUCUUUUACAAAAUACUAACACUAUUUCUUUUAAGUUGAAUCUUCAUUUAAUGCCAACAAUUAAACUGGCUCGACUUCUGUGGAGUAUAAAUGUACAGGUAAGUAAACCGAGUGAUAAAUUUUUGUUUUGUAAUUUGAGAUAGCGAGUAGCAUUAAUG